AUGGCAGGGGGACAAGACGGCCCCGGCAUGUUGGACGAGGCUGGUGAGAGUGGAGAGCAGAGGAGCAUGGAUACCAACGAGCUGUUCGAGAUGGCCCUGCAGCGCCUGCGCUCGCUCUACGAGCUGCACGAGGGGCUGGUGGUGCUGGACCUGCAUGAGCGAUCGGAGCGACUGAUGGCGGAGCGACAGGCUCUGCUGUCCCUCCUCGAUCAGUUCCCUGCUACUGGCAGGUCCAAGAAGGAGAGGGCGACGCUAUCCUACAUCCGGGGGAAGGCCUUCGACGCUGGGGAGGAGUACUCAGCUGAAGCCGAGCAGGACCUGUCGAGGGCCGUCAAGCUGGACCCGUCGCUGGGAGACGCCUGGAACCAGCUGGGAACGUGCUUGUGGAAGAAGGGGGAGGUACAGCUCGCGCACGACUGCUGGCAGAACACGCUGCUGCACUGCUCCAACGUGGAGGACGUGAAGGGGGCGAUGCGGAAGCUCUCGAUGGCGCACCGGGUGAAGGGCAAGAACCCAGAGGAGAGCCUGAGGCUGGCCAAGGAGCUUGUCAGCCGCGACAUGUCUGACUCGCACUCGUGGACGAACCUGGGGAAUGCGUACAUGUCUUACUUCUUCUCGCUGUCCCUCGACCGGGAGGAUCUGUUCCGAGCCCUCAAGGCCUAUCACAAGUCAGAUCAGGACGGUCAGAGCCGCGACCCCGACCUUCACUUCAACAAGGCCACUGUCUACCGCUACCUGGAGGACUACCACAACGCCGUCCUCGAGCUCCUCCGCGCCCACGCCCUCGACCCCGAGCUCAACGCGUCUGAGCAGAUCGUCAAGGUGGCGAGGCUGGUGAACGAGAUGCACGCCAUGAUCGCGCGGCAGUGCAACCUCAAGGCUGAGAAGAUCCAGUCCAUGCUCCUCUUCCUCCCGCCCCCUGCCGAGCCUCUCCCCGUCGGCAGCACUGAGUACGUGGACUGCGUGCUGGCGGACAUGGCCGAGGGAUGGAACCUCGGGAGGGUCCUCCACGUCAUGAUCUUCGCGAUCCCCAACACCGAGCGGCCCAUCCACCUGGUCGUCUCCGACAGGAGCGGCUCCUUCUUCGCCGUUAGCGUCUACAACAUGCCUGAGGGGAAGCUCAAGCCCGGUGACGUCAUCUCGGCCCUCUCCCCGUACAUGAGGACCUGCUCGCUCCCAGCUGACGCCCUGCUCCCCCUCCCCCGCCAUCCCCAGCUGCAGUCCGAGCUCGUCGACUGCUGCUUCAAGUGCGUGCAGGUCUCCCCAGGUCAACUCCUGCACAACGGCUUUCCCUGCGACAUCUCCUAUUACGAGCGACCUCGCGCCGUCUUCACGGUCAGCCCGGUGGCCGUUCGAGCCUCUGCUGGGGAUGAGCUAGGGAAGAACACUCCGCCAGCUCGAACUUGA